UCGGGUUCGUGUGUGCGUCGCCGGUCACGGCGGGGAGCAGAAUUUAUUCAGCGCUCGACGCAAUCUCAAAGCGCGGUGUGUGUGCAGUAGAUGCCGGCUUCCCGAUCCCGUUGUUUAGUUUCUUGCGAGACGUCGUACGUUUUUGACACUAUGCGGGAGGACUUGACUUGUAACGUGUUACCCAUUGUUAAGGAUGCGAUGGACGGUAUGGCAUACAACGCCGGCGGCGUCGCCAGUUUACCGUCGAACGGCUAUUACGGCUAUCAGCCGCACUUGGCCCACAAGGUGAAGACUGAAAACACACAAGAAACAAUGGACUAUGAAUGUUACGCGGCACAGAGUGUGUUGCGAUUGAACAGAAAACGGGCCUGGGAAUUCGGCGAUGGGGCCGAGUUCAAAAAGAGGCGCCAAAAUGAGGCCGUCCCCAUACUGUUACCUGAUCCAAUUCCCUCCCAGCAAAUGCAGAACGAACUGCACAUGAAGAAACCGACGCAUAACAUGCCCGACAUAUCUAGAUGUAUCAUGAGCCAUUACUUAUAAGCAGUACCUGUGCAAUGUACAUAUUUUAGUUGCGAGUAUUUUUUUUUAUUUAAGAUUUUGUUAAAUUGGAGGACAGACGGAAAGUUGAGGGGAAAAUUAAGUGCAAGAAUAAGGAGAACCUGGAUGAGGACCUUCUGUUAGGAAUACACGGGUGCAGUGCGUAUCACUGGAACGUCGACAGCCUCUAACACGUUUGACAUGUUAAACUGUUCGAAUUUAAUGUACCUAUUUAUAUUUUUAUAUGUUAGUUGAUUUUGUUAAUCUCAAUAAAAUGUUUGAAAUGGUGAUAAA